ACUGAGGACAAAAAAACAUUGUAAUGGGCACAAUCGUAAAAAUCUCAUAUUUAAAUUGUUUGAAGGGUAAACAGAGCUAGGAAUGGAUUAUUAUAUGACUCAACCAAUUAAAUCUUUGUUUUAAAAUGUAAGUUUACGAACAACAACAACAGAAACAAUUAAGGUCACAGAAAUCCCUGCUGCUACAAGAUCCACUGAUCCAGGACUUGGAGAAAUCCCAAAUCAAUGGUAUUCUACUGUACAAUAUAUGUUAACAAUAAGUGAAAGCUAAACGCUUUCAGUAUGCUGCCAUUUUCUGUACUUUAUAUUAUAGAUGCAUAUCAUAACUGUGGAAAAAGUAUCAUAUUGUAAAGUUGAAUCUACACUUUCUGUUUAAAAUAUGUGUUAGAUCUUCUGUUGACCAAAAUAUCCACAUUAUCACUUUGGGUCACCUUGUUGUUCUGGUGGCCUUGCUCAUGUGGUUUAUUCAAAGAUGCAGUAAGUCUUGUUCUCUACUUUCACGUCUUUGCUGUAUCAGUUUGGCACUGUGUUGUGUUUCAGUUUUUCAUUGCUUUAUGUAGUAUAAUUGAAUGUUUUCACAGUAAAUAAGUGACCUUUUUUUUUCUCCUAAUCAGAGAACACCAAAGAGGAUUUAACUGACAACUCUGUUGAAAUUGUCUGUUGUGAAAUAUAUUGUGCAAUUAAAAAUAGAGGAAAAAGAAAAUGCUAAAAAAUAGGCAUUGCUCUUGUUUAGUCUGUGUCCCACUGACAAACUAAACAAGAGCAUGAACUGAGGGUAGCUUAAAUAUCCAUAAUAAUGAAUAUGUAAAUCACAUUUUAAACAAACAUCAAAAACAAGGAAGUAGUGAGUCAGUGUUACUGAACCAGUUGCUGUUCGCACAUCGACAUGGCUGUUUCUCUGAGUUUUCUUCUUAUUCUACCUCUGAUAACAGGAAGUGAAAGUGUGAAGACAAUCACUAAGGUGUCAGUGAAGAUGGGAGCUUCAGUCAGUAUCCCCUGUUCUUAUGAUUUAAAAUACAGAAAUCAUGUGAAAUAUCUAUGCGAAGGAUUUUAUUGGGGUUUCUGCUCAACUCAAGUUAGGACAGACUCACCACGGGAAACAGGAAAGUAUUCAAUCUCUGAUGACAAAACUCAAAGAAUUUUCACUGUUACCAUAAAACGGUUAACAGCUGACAUUUAUUUCUGGUGUAUUGUGGAGAUCAAAAACGGAGUUGAUGACGGGCAACACUUUCAUCUGUCAGUCACCAAAGAUACACCCAUCCUCUGGGUGGCAGACCAGAAUGUGACUGGAUAUAUUGGCGACAACAUAAACAUAAACUUUAACUCCGCUACCUCUGGAGGAAUACAGUGGUGUAAGCUGGGCAGAACAUGUGUGACACAGGAAACUGGAGAAAUAGAUGGAACAGCAGUAACCAUCAACAAGGCUGCAGACAAUGUAUGCAGUGUAACUAUGAGUGGACUGAAGCAAAAGGACAGUGGUUGGUAUUACUGUGUCAAAGGAGAUUUUCAGAUGCCAGUUCACCUGACUCUGACUGUCAAACCCACUGUUGCACCAACUACUGUAGCUGCAACAACUACUGUAGCUGCAACAAUUACUGUCACAGGAGCAAGAGACAAUACAACAACAGGCCAUAAGGAAAACAGCCCUUUUCCUGCUCUGAUGAGCCUCGCCAUCCCUCUGAGUGUGCUGAUCUUCAUUGUUAUUGCUACCUUAUCAAUCCUGUUUGUACUAAGAAGAACCAAACGUGUCAGAAUUAAGGAUUCAACAGCGUCAAAAAAUGAAGGGGAUUUAACAUAUUCAGAAGUCUCUUUCAAGAAAAACAAGGCAGCCCAGGCUGCAAGUGAUGCUGACAUGACCUACAGCUCUGUUGUUCCUGUCAAGAAACACAAUGUGAGAAUGAGUGAAGGAAAAGAUGAGGAUGUUACAUACAGCACAAUCAUUCAUCACAAGUAAAAGGUUUAAAUCUAUCAAAAAUGUUUUUUUUUUCUUUUUCUUGUGACUAAGCGCUACCCGACACUGUCUGUCUCCACAAGUGUGAAACAAUGACUCAUUGUCUUAGAAAACCUCUGACCUUGUUUUUUUUUUUUUUUUACAUUGGGUAUACAUGUAUAUGUGCUUAUACUCAAGGGGUGAAUAGCAAGUUUAGCUUUUUAUCAUACUAGGCAUCUUUUGUUGCUUCUAAGUAUGAUCUUGUUGAGGACAGAAUGGGUUUAUAACAACCCAUUCUCAAAAAAUGGAGAAAUAUGAGAAUAUUGUCAAUAUUUCAAUUUACUUUUACACAAGAAGUUAAAUUAGUAAAUACCAUUGUUAUUAUCUAUAAUCAUUUAGUAGAAUGAUUUGCAUGAGCUGUUGCUAAGUUAUGAUCUAUGUAAAUCUGAAAUAAUCAAGACUGAAUCGCUUUACUAAAAUGUUUCUUCUGACUGGCAGUAAUAUAGAACUGUAGAUUAUACCAUGAUGAGGUGCAUUGCUGUUACAGCUCUGCCCUAUUCCUAACUGAACUAAAGAGCUACCUUAACGUUUUUGUUUUUAGUUUGUUUUGUUUUUCUGUCAUUUUUGGACCACAUUUGAUCAUUACUUUCUUUAAAAUAAUAUUAUAAUAUAUUAAAAAAUGUUGGGUGGGUCUAUGAAAUUAUUAUUUUUUUAUAUGUAUAUAUAAAUGACUACAAAUAUGUCCCUAUUCAAAUCAUGUAGCUGAACAUUGUUUACCGUAGUUCUUAAUCUGGCCGAUAAGUUUGAUAAUAGUAACUUUUUUUUAUUUGUAACAGAAUAAAGUUAAU